AUGAACCAAAUGGCUUCAUCGCUCGGAAUCUCAAGACAAUCGGUUCAAUCCAUUGUGAAAAAGGACUUGGGUCUGAACAGUUAUCGGCUCCUUCGUGGCCAAUACCUCACAGAACAGUCCAAGAAGAAUCGGCUCGAAAAAGCGAAAAAGUUGCUCGACGCACUCAAGGUGCGCCGCCUCUCUGAAGUCAUUUGGACUGAUGAGAAAAUUUUUACGGUUGAGCCGCUUCCGAACCGACAGAAUGCUCGGCAAUUGUUGUCAAAGGACGAAGCAAAGUCCCCAAAACGUCGUCUGGCCUACAAGAGACUUUUUCCAAAGUCAGUGAUGGUGUGGGCUGGAUUGACGUCGGAAGGUAAAGUCCCAUUGGUUUUCAUUGAUAGAAAUGUGAAAAUCAACUCGGAUGUGUACCAAAAGUUGGUGUUGAUGGAUGUUUUACGUCCGUGGGUCACUAGCCACUUUGGCCAGCAACCCUUCAUUCUUCAACAAGAUUGGGCCCCGUCCCAUGGCUCGAAAUCCACGAAAGCUGUUCUCGACGCUCAUUUCCCUGGCUACUGGGGCAAGGACAUGUGGCCCGCUUCCUCGCCCGAUCUGAAUCCACUCGACUUUUCCGUUUGGGGAUAUUUGGAGGAAAAGGUGAUGGCUCGAUCGCACCCAAAUGUGGAUUCACUGAAGGCCGCUUUGCUCAAAGCAUGGGAUGAUCUUGACGAUGACUACCUCCGGCGCACCGUCGCUUCUGUUCCAGCUCGUUUGACGGUGUGCAUCAAGGCCGAAGGCUCAAACUUCGAAUAUCUCCUCUGA